UGAAAUCGACACUCGUGUGGUGGUCGCCGCUUGGAAACACGAACUAGUCAAGAAGAACCGGUGGACACAGCAGAAUGUAUUCUACGUCCACUGCACUUGUUUUGCUGUGCUUGACGAUCGUCAGCCCCAUUCAAGCGUCUAUUUUGGACAAAGUGGAAUGGAAGCCAGUGUUUCGGGUAAACAGUGGCUCGGGUCAUAAUGUCUACGACCUGUGGUCAGGGGACGCAACCGUGAACGUCACCGGCGCAUACAAGGCGUCGCUGGCCAACACGUGGCAGGGAGUCAAGAAGGUCAAGCUCGCCAUGGUGUCACAUGGCGAGGAGAUGAUGAGCCUUGUCUUCGACGGUCGACAAACGGACCGGAUGUCCUGGUUCGUCCCCGGAAGACUUAUCUCCUCUUCCCCUUAUGUCGACAUGAAGUGGGAGCACAUGGACUACUUUAGCAUCAACGGAGUCUACGUCCCAGGAGAGACAAACAGACGAUUCUACAUCAAUCGGAACUCGGGCAGUUGCUAUGACAACAAAGGCUGGAUUGUUGUGAUUGACAGCGAGUCAUCGCCUGACGUUGGAUGUGAUUAUGAACAGGGUCCCGCCCCAGCCUUUCUGUACAGCCAAUGGCAGGGAUACGCUCGAGCUCGGCAUUUCUCACGUGCUGAAGCCCUUGUAAUUUCUGUCGAAGCAGACGACCCUUCUUCCUGGGACAUGAUCUUUCGAUCGACGCCUGGCGUGGACGCUAACAUCUUUCAUCUGUGGACGUCUAAUGAAACAAAAAACGUUGAUGACGUUGAGUUACGUAGCACAUCUACGGAUGUGGCUGGCAUCUUCAAAUCCGACAGAGUGAACUCGUGGUCUCAAGUCAGCAAGGUGAAGAUUGCGAUGUACCGCGACGGUGUAGAGGAGAUGUACAUGAUAUUUGAUGCCACGGACUCUGACCGGAUGUCAUGGUUCUCUCCCGAAAGGCUGACCAGCGCCAGCUACACAGACAUCAUGGACUACGGCCACAACUACUUCUCUAUAUCUGGACACGCUGUGGACCGCGGCAUCAAGAGACGUUUCUACGUCAUGAAGAACUACGGCUCAUUCUGUGUGGACUACGGCUGGAUGGUAGUGCUGGAUCAAGACUCGGGUAGAGGCUGCGACUGGGAUGUUCAGGGUCCUAACCCUGCCUUCCUGUACAGUCCCAGCAGAGCGUUUGGGGUGGGGGCGGACUUUUCUAGAGCCGAUGUCUUUGCCAUUUAUUUCAACAAAGAGCAGAGGCCAUUGGAGGACUUCGUUCCAGCCCUGAACUACUUGGACUUUGAGAGCUUUUGGACGCGUCAGAGAACCGGAUGUCAGUGUUACUUUAACCCGGAAAGGUUCGACUGCGCAUGCUGCAUUGAUGGUGGCUGCCAGUGUACGAUUGAGCAUCAGCAUCAGUGUGUGCAGUGUGGUUACAACGAACGCUGUGGACUACCCGAGGCUGUCCCUGGGGCGUGGACCGGAAACAUGACUUGUCCUUGCAGAAAUCACCCUGGCGACAUGACUUGCGCCUGUUGCUAUAACGACGGUUGCCAGUGCGCAGAUGAUGGGCACAACUGCACGCAGUGUGGACGCGAAGACUUAUGUUAGUCUAACAAGCAAUUUUUCAUAUUUUUUGUCAAGAAGACUACGUAAAAUUAAGCGAAUAAAAGAACAGUUGCAUCUCAA